AUGGCACAGCAUCGUAACUUACAAGCAUCUACAGCUCUUGAUGUUGGAUUCGAGGCUGAAUUUGUCUUUCAACACAAUCCCUUUUAUCAUUAUAAUGAUUCUAAAAUAUAUGCCCUGACUGGCUUUAUACUUGUAACCACAAGAGAGGGAAAACUACUCUACAUCUCAGAGAAUGUAACAGAUUACUUGGGACACUCUAUGGUGGAUAUGAAAACACAAGGUGACAGUCUUUAUGAUAUAGUGGACAAGAGAGAUCACAGUGCUUUACAAACACAACUACAAUCAUCAGAUAUCAACCAAGAUAUCAGUUUUUACUGUAGGAUGAACAUGUCGAGAAGUCUAAAACGACAAGCUGGUUUCGGCGAUGUUAAGAUAAUGCACGUGCGUGGACAUUUUAAGAAAGUACCUGUACAUGAAACAACCAAUGAUAUACAGUAUGUAUUUACAGCAACCUGUACUCCGCUGAUUACACCCGAAUUGAAGGAAAACAUGGUGCAGAAUAACACUAUGAUCUUUAGAACUGUUCAUAAUCUCGAUAUGACGUUUGUCGAAAUCACAGAAACUGCGGAACAUCAUCUGGGAUACACAAAUGAGGAAAUAAGCCGGAAGUCGUGGUAUAAUAUGCUACAUCCUGAAGAUAUUCACGUGGCCAGAGAAAAACAUGUUCAAUAUCAAGAGUUAUUGUUAGAUCUAGAGUUAUUGUUAGAUCAAGAGUUAUUGUUAGAUCAAGAGUUAUUGUUAGAUCAAGAGUUAUUAUUAGAUCAAGAGUUAUUGUUAGAUCAAGAGUUAUUAUUAGAUCAAGAGUUAUUGUUAGAUCAAGAGUUAUUGUUAGAUGAAGAGUUAUUAUUAGAUGAAGAGUUAUUAUUAGAUCAAGAGUUAUUGUUAGAUCAAGAGUUAUUGUUAGAUCAAGAGUUAUAG